AUGAUAAUUUACGAAAGUAGAUUCUUUGAGCAUGAAAAUACGAACGUAAUAAGCAUGACAUCUAGUGAUCACGACCUGCUUCUGACAGAACUCAAGAUAGGACCGAAUCUACUAGAACUUGCAGACUGGUGGGAAUGCGAGCCGCCGCUGACCUUUGAAGACGAAAACCGGAUCAAGUUCCUGAUGGACGAAGCGAGAGAUGAGGACUGGAUAAGAUACCGGGCGGCGGCCGAGGAGAGAGCAAGUAGUUUAUUCCGAAAGAUUGAUCUUAGCGGGGCGACGGGAGCCAAAGAGGACUACUGGACACAGAAGAUUCUUGCGCCUGACGACUGGGUGCCGGGAGCGGUGAUUAGCGUUGACGUGGCUGACGACACGCUCGUGAGGAUCCGGGAUAGUAUUCGGUCUGCCUUCUGA